CACACCAUCUUCUACCCAAAUCCUUCCAUGGCGGAUUCUCAACUCUUUCGCACUGAUCACCUUUUUACACUCUUCUUUUGCCUAUAUUCUCUUCUCAUUGUUACUAACGUUGAAGGCAACUGGCUGAACCACGGCGGAGAUUUGAAGAACAGAAGAUACGCCAAUAGAGAAACCAAAAUCAGUCCAUCAACAGUUUCCCAUCUCCGUUUGAAGUGGGAGUUUUACGCGGGUGGCGACAUUUCUGUUACGCCCGCGAUUUAUGAUGGCGUGAUCUAUUUUCCAAGCUGGAAUGGGUUUCUCUACGCGGUUAGAGCUUCCAAUGGAGCUCUUCUUUGGAAGAAGAAUCUCCAAAAACUGACGGGGUUCAACAAUACCGGAUUCAUUCUAAAUGUGAACUCCACGGUGUCGAGAUCGACUCCCACGGUGGCAGGAGAAUUGGUAGUGGUUGGAAUCUAUGGACCGGCAGUGGUCAUUGGCGUUAAAAGAUCAACAGGGAAGCUUGUGUGGUGUACAAGGCUGGACUAUAAAAAUAGAAGUUUCAUCACCAUGUCUGGCACUUACUACAAAGGAAGUUUUUUCAUUGGAACAUCCUCACUAGAAGAAGGGCUUCCCGUUGAUCAAUGUUGCACAUUCCGGGGAAGCUUCUCCAAACUAGAUGCAAAAACGGGUGCCAUCCUGUGGCAAACCUUCAUGCUACCCGACAACCACGGCGAUACUGAACAAUACUCCGGUGCGGCCAUUUGGGGCAGCAGCCCCUCCAUCGACCCCCUUAGGAAUCUUGUCUACAUUGCCACUGGAAACCUCUACUCGGCACCCCUCCGUAUACGUGAGUGCCAGGAAAGACAGAACAACCAAACCGAACCCACACUGCCCGAUAAAUGCAUUGAACCCGAGAACCACUCCAAUUCAAUUCUGGCUCUUGAUCUUGAUUCCGGUGAUAUUAAAUGGUAUAAGCAAUUGGGUGGAUAUGAUGUGUGGUUUGGUGCUUGUAACUGGCAUUUGGACCCUAGAUGUCCACCUGGCCCUAGCUCCGACUCGGAUUUUGGGGAGUCCCCAAUGAUGUUAAGCGUGUUCGUGCGUAACAUGAAGCGUGAUAUUGUCGUUGCUGUUCAGAAAAGUGGAUUCGCGUGGGCUCUUGAUCGUGACAAUGGCAAUCUCGUCUGGUCUAAGGAAAGUUUUAUUCCCUUGGUAGAUUAUGUCAUUUGAAUUAGUUGUUUUCUUUUACAAGUUCAAAGUACAAACAUGAUCCUAUAUGCUUUGUUUUGGCAAUUUGAAUUAGAUUUAUUUGUAUUUUACGUACAAAUAGAUCUAUUACUACGUUAUUAUGUAUUCUUUUAAGUCGUCUUCUUAUUUUCUCAAUUUUCAGGAGGCUGGACCAGGAGGUCUUGGCGGGGGAGGGAUGUGGGGGGCAGCAACAGACGAGAAAAGGGUAUACACAAACAUAGCCAACAGCCAACACAAGAACUUCACACUCAAACCAACAAACAAAACCACAAUUGCAGGAGGAUGGGUGGCAAUGGAAGCUAAAACAGGCGACAUCAUUUGGUCGACAGCAAAUCUUAAGGAAGCGACCGCUCCGGGACCUGUUACGAUAGCCAACGGGGUAGUGUUUGCAGGAUCUACAUAUCGGCAAGGACCGAUCUAUGCAAUGGAUGCGAAGACGGGGAAGAUUGUUUGGUCAUAUGAGACAGGAGGUAGUGUUUAUGGAGGGAUAUCAGUGAGCAAAGGGUGCAUUUAUGUUGGGAAUGGUUACAAAGAACAUAUUGGAUUUGUUAACAAGAAUUACACAGCUGGGACCUCCCUCUAUGCCUUUUGUGUCUAAGCCCUUUCUCUCAUUUUAUAAUUUGAUUUUUAUUAUUGGGAUUAUGUUGAUUUUUGUGUUAUUUUAAUCUGGAUUCAAAUUAAACUUCCUCAAUUGGCCCGAAGAAGAACCAUUGAAGGUAAUUGCACGUG